UCCUCCUACCUUUAACGCGCUUACUCUGGACCCCACCUUUUCUCUCUCCUCAAAAUUCUGGGUAAAAAUUCUGAAAGAUUAAUUUUUUUUUUAAUUUUCCAUCCAAAACAAACAACCCCUAGUGUAGAAACAAGAACACAAAUCUUGAGGAAGAAGAGUGAAGUAGUACUAUUAUUUUCUCUCUCUGUCAGGAUAUGGGGAGAUGGAGAUUGUGUUUGAGUAACAACAGAAAUUAUUUUGGAUUCUAUUUGUUUUUCUUCAAUUUUUUAGCUAUAUAUAAUUACCCACAAUUGGUUUUGUGUUUCAUGUUGUUUUCUGGGGUUUGCACUCUAUGUGUUUGAUGAAAUGUCUCAGAAAAGAACCCAGGAUGAUUCUUCUUCUGCUUCUGGGUUUAGUAAGGGUAAUUUAGAGGGUGUUCAUAUUCCUGAUGAUAAGCGUCAUAAAAGUGUUCCUUCUUUUAGAAGUGUGGUUCUGGAGGUGAUGAGACAAAAGAGCUUUCAAAAUGCAUUGGAGCCUAUGCUUCGUAGAGUUGUCAAGGAAGAGGUAGAGUUAGCAAUAAAGAAGCAUGUCAUGAAAUUGAAGCGGAAUUCCGAUGAAGAUUUAUUUCCUUGUGAAUCUAGAAACCUGCAGCUAAAGUUUUUGAGCACUCUCUCUCUGCCUGUGUUUACUGGAACCCGAAUUGAAGGCGAAGAUGGAUCUGCAAUAAAAGUUGUUCUAAUAGAUGCUGCUACUGAUGAAAUUGUCCGGUAUGCUAAUGAAUCCUCUGCAAAAGUAGAGAUUGUAGUUCUUGAAGGUGAUUUUGAUGGUGAUGAGGGCGAAAACUGGACAAUAGAAGAAUUUAAAAACAAUAUUGUGAGAGAACGGGAGGGAAAGAAACCUCUUCUAACAGGAGAUGUUAAUGUAUAUCUGAAAGAGGGCAGUGGUUCUGUUGGUGAAAUUUCUUUCACAGAUAACUCAAGCUGGACACGGAGCCGCAGAUUUAGACUAGGGGCCAGGGUUGUUGGAAACUCUGAUGGAUAUAGGAUUAGAGAAGCAAAGACAGAAUCCUUCAUUGUCAGGGAUCAUCGUGGAGAAUUGUACAAGAAACACCAUCCUCCAUCUCUAACUGAUGAAGUUUGGCGUCUGGAAAAGAUUGGAAAAGAUGGAGCAUUCCACAAACGAUUGAGCAUAGACAGAGUGAGGACAGUGAAGGACUUCCUGAUUUUGCUCCAUCUAGAUCCUGCAAGGCUAAGGAAUAUAUUGGGCUCUGGUAUGUCUGCCAAGAUGUGGGAAAUAACCAUAGAGCAUGCUCGGACAUGUGUACUUGACAAAAGAGUAUACUUGUAUUAUUCACCUAUGUCUCAGCACAAGAAUGGUGUAGUCUUCAAUGUUGUGGGACAAGUAAUUGGAUUUUAUUCGGAAAGCCAGUACAUUCCAUUUGAUAAGCUAUCCGAAAAUGACAAGAUUGAUGCACAAAGAAUGGCCACUGAAGCUUUUCAACAUUGGGAUGGAGUGAUUACAUUUGAAGAUAUGAACUCCCUCAUCGGUAUGUCUUCACACACGGUAAGCUCUGCGAGUACAGAGACUUCAGAUGCAAAUAAGCUUGGGACUUCGCAAAAGAUAGGCAGUAUUGAUUAUGCACAACCAAGCACAUCUCCUUCUGAUGGUUUCUCUCCUCUCUACACAUUGGGAAGCUUGAACAGCCCAGAUAAUUAUUCCUUGCCGGGUUUAGAUGCCUUAGACCUGAGAUAUGACCAUACUCUUGAUAUACCUUUACAAAUCUCUAGUUCCUUGUUUUCCCCUUCUCACUCCAUAACACAAGCUCUCCAUGAUGAUGAGCAUCUAGGGUUCAUGGACAUCGAUUGCCCUGCUAUGCAGUCUACAAGCAUGAUUUUGGACUCACAAGCUGAAUUACAGAGUGUAUAUAGUAGCUUCUUAAGGCCUCAACCUUCUAGUCAAGCUGUUAGGGGACAAGCUUACAGAAGGUGGAGAGUUGUUUCGAGUGUUCUAAGAUGGCUUGUUAGACGAGCACCUCGCCCCAGGAUACAAAGAUAUCGCUAGAAUUUUUUUUUUUUUGGCUGGAGAUUGCAGAUAUAGGAGCUAGAAGUUGCCGUCAGGCACAAAUUCACGUCCUUUCAUAAUGUGAGAGGUACGAGACUCUAUUGGCUGUAUAUAUCACCUGUAAAUUUAGGCGAUUCUUGAGAGAUACCUUUGGAGUAAUUAGAUGGUGCAGGAAUAUCACGUCAUCAGCUCUCUAAUUGCGAAGCAACACAAUUAGAUACUUAUGAAUCAAGCCUGAUCGGGUAAGAUGAAUGUUGUGUAUCAACUCAUGAGUGGUCGGGACAAUGGAUGGCAUGGUGAUUAAGGUAGUUUUUUCUUUUACUUCUGAGAAUGUGGGUUUAUGUAAAUAUUAAAGCCCCUAUUUUGAGAAAGUAGGUUACUAAAUUAGGUCUUGUGAAUGAUUUUCAUCAAUUGAAGUCAAAAUCUUUUGAACGUGGUGUUUGUAUAGAAUCAUUUCUGCGAGCAAUAGAGCCCGCUAAACUUUAUGUUUAAGUCGAGGCUCGCAACCUAAUGAGAAAAUAAAUAAUUGCUACAUAUCCUUAUUUUGAUCA